ACUAUUAUGUACAAGUCGCCGCUGCUACAUGAAACUUUUCUCCACUUCCAUUUUGCGUGUGUUUCUUGACAACACAUUCAACUUUAAAGGAGGAGGAGGAGGAAGGAGUUUCCAAGUCUUUCCUGGAAAGGUUUUCUGAGCUUACAGCACAGCUGACGGGAGCAAAGCGUCACGUUUCGAAGGAUUUGCCUAUAAAUUGCGGCGAGGGGGAGAGAUCAUCCAUCCAUCCAGCUUCAAUCUUCUCGAAAACGAGCAAAUCCGAGAAGAAAAUGGCCGCGUUUUACAAGCUUGCAAUUCUUGUUCUUCUUGUUUGUCUCGACGCCACUGCUGAUGCGAGGAAGUGGAGUCCCAAGAAGCCACCGGCGGUUCCCCCAAUGGUCUUUGGCGCCAUCUUUUGCGACCGAUGCAUGGACAAGACCUUCUCGUUCGCAACCAUCGCCAUUCCAAACGUGACCGCGAUCAUCCGGUGCGGUGACUUCCAGGCAUCCAACACCACCUCCGAGUUUGGCGUCUUCACCAUCGCGCUGCCGCUAGAGGUGGGCACCUCUCCCGCGAAGCUGGCGUCUUGCUCUGUCAAGGUGGCCAGCGAUUUCUCCAGAGUCGAGGGCGAUCUCGGCACUUGCAACACUCCCGUCAAGUUCCAGUUCCAGCCUUGGAGCCCGCCAUCGCCACCAUCGAUGCCCGCAUUUCAGUCGUCGCUCAAAAUUGCCCGUCCAUGGCCCUUCUACAGCGCUGGGCCUUUCUUCUUCCAGCCGCCGGAACCUCUUCCAUCCUGCAACGAGAAUCCUUUCCGCCAUCCAAAACCAGCAGUAGCCGAUGAUCAGGGCUCGAGCGCGGCUCCCCCUCCACACCCUGCUUUUCCAGGAUUUGGAAACUUCCCACCAUUCUUUCCUGGAGCAAUUCCUCCGGUAGAUCACUCCACUGCCAACAAGGCGGCUCCUCCACACCCGGUUUUCGGAUAUCCACCAUUCGCAUUUCCUCCUCCAAGCCCGAAACCAGAACCACACGGCUCUAACAAGGCGGCUCCUCCUCCACACUCGACUCCAUUCCCAGGAUUUGCGUGGUUUCCAGGAGCAUUCCCUCCACAUCCAAGCUCCAGCAAACCCGGGAGCGCUCCGCCAAAGCAUGGAUCGCCCUCCGCUCAAGCACCGCCACCUUUUCACGGAACCAAGAAGCAUCAUCACCAAUAAAAGCUCUGCAUUUAGAACUAUGGACAUCAAAGAAA